ACAAAUACACAUUAUCAUUUCACAUCUCAAUAAGUUUCCUUUUAAUUAAUAUAUCAAAAUACACAUUAUCAUUUCACAUCUCUUCUCUCUCUAACCUAAACAAUAUAUCAUAGAGGAAGCUAGAAAAAAAAAACAAUGACUUCAUCAAUGGAAGAAGCAAGGUCGAGAAAGCUUGGUGGAUCUUUGAAAGUUCCUAAUGUUCAAGAACUGGCAAAGCAACAACUAGCAGCCGUUCCACCAAGAUAUAUUCGUGAUGAUAUUGAAAAAGCUGAUUAUAAUUCUUCCAAAUUAGUAUUGCCUCAAGUUCCAAUUAUUGAUAUGAAAAAACUACUGGAAAUUGGAGAUGGUCACGAUGGUACAGAGCUUGAGAGGCUUCAUCUUGCUUGCAAAGAAUGGGGAUUUUUCCAGUUGGUGAAUCAUGGAGUGAAUUUAUCAUUGAUGGAGAAAGUGAAGUCAGAAAUCAAAGCAUUUUUUGAUCUACCAAUGGAAGAGAAGAAGAAGUUUGAGCAACAAGAAGGAGAUUCUGAAGGAUAUGGGCAAGCCUUUGUUGUAUCUGAAGAACAAAAGUUAGAUUGGGCUGACAUACUUUACAUGGUCACUCGCCCUACUAAUUUGAGAAAACCUCACUUGUUUCCAAAACUUCCUGCCUCACUCAGGGAUGCGCUGGAACAAUACUCAACAGCACUCAAGGAACUUGCAAUGAAAAUUAUGUACAAAAUGGCUACGGCAUUAGGGAUGAAAGCAGAGGAUAUGAAUGUACUAUUUGAAGAAGAUGGGACACAAAUGAUGAGAAUAAAUUACUAUCCACCUUGUCCUCAACCAGAGCUUGUAAUGGGUUUAUGCCCUCACACUGAUGCCAUUGGUCUAACCAUACUCCUUCAGGUUCAUGAAAUUGAAGGGCUACAAAUUAAGAAAGAUGGAGUUUGGAUUCCUGUUCCAUAUCUUCCUGCUGCCUUUGUUGUCAACAUUGGAGAUAUUUUAGAGAUUGUGACAAAUGGAAUUUAUAAAAGCACCGAACAUCGAGCAAUUGUUAACGAAGAUAAAGAGAGGAUCUCGAUUGCUACAUUUUUGAGCCCCAAAUUGGAUGGGGACUUAGGUCCAGCACCUAGCCUCCUCACACCUCAAUGUCCUGCAAAAUUUAGAAGGAUUGGAGUGGCUGAUUACUUCAAGGGAUAUUUCUCUCGAGAGCUUGUUGGAAAAUCAUAUGUAGAUACUAUGAGGAUUAAAAAUGGAGAUGAUGGAAGCAAUUGAAUGUUGCAAUUUAUUCUGCUUCGAUACCAACAGCUUGUUUAAUUUUGAUGGAUUUGUUACCCAUGAUUUUAUAAUCUAUGGUAUUCUUUUGUGAAUUAAUGUCUGAAUAAGUAGUGUCCUUUGUUGUUGUUUAUCAACGUCUUUAAUUUAUUGUUUGAUUUUAAUGUGUAACUUAUUGUAUAAAUAACUAAGAAAUCUCUCAAAUGUCUUCAAUUGGUGUGAAUAUUAGAUCUAUUAACAAUCUGUCAUCAA